AAUUUGAAAGUAUUUUACGGGCCAAUUACCCACGCGCCGCACGCGCCCGCUCAAACGCAGGGUAGCGGAGCCUCACCGCGCGCUUGCGAUUAGGGUUUUAUGCUGGUGGGUUCUACUACCUGAGUGAUUUCACGUAAACUGUUCAUUUUCCCUCCAGAUUUCGGUCUUUGUGGUUUGAGCUCUCUCCAUUUUUGUACCCUUGAGGAUCUCCGAACAAUCACUCUUCACCUUUCAUGGUCGCUUUCAGCUGCAAUUCUUAUUGGAGGAGGCUUGCUUUGGUAUUAUGGUAGAAACAGAGCAAGUGGAGAACGUUGAAUUUCAAUGGGGCAAAAAGAAAGGAAUUGGUGGGAAGAAGAAGGACGUGACCUUUUAUGAAUCUUUUACUUACGAUGGUGUAGAAUAUUUUCUUUAUGACUCUGUCUACCUAUAUAAGGAAGGUGAACCAGAGCCUUACAUUGGUAAACUUCUUAAAAUCUGGCAGAAUCCUGAUAAGACAAAGAAAGUAAAAAUUCUUUGGUUUUUUCGAUCUUGUGAGAUUCUUAAUUAUCUUGGAGGUGUAGACACACGGGAGAAUGAAUUAUUUUUGGCAUCCGGCAAUGGUAUUGGUCUUGCCAAUAUUAAUUCUCUGGAAGUACUUGCUGGAAAGUGCAACGUUCUCUGCAUUUCAAAUGACAGCAGAAAUCCACAACCUUCUGAUGAAGCACUCAAAAAGGCUGAUUUUGUAUUUUGUCGUACAUUUGAUGUUGGAAAACAAGAGGUCUGCAAUGAGAUAUGUGAUAAAAUUGCUGGAGUGGAAGUUAAACUUUUACUUAAUAAAGCAGAUUCGUCAAAAGAUGUUAAGAGGACCGAUAAGGAUGGGAAAGAUGCAAGUGGCAUUGCAAUUGUAAAUACUCAAUUAGAAGAUCCUUCUGGAAGGGACAUUUCUAAUGGAGAAUUGACUCUGACGACUAAUGACAGCUCUCUUGAGAAGUCCACAAAGGAAAAUGUUGAUUUGAAGGGUUCUAUAGAGAAAUCCUCCAAUGAGGAAAAGUCGAGUGCACAUGCAAUCGAAAGAGGAAUUGGAAUGGGUAAAACUAGUAGUAUUAUUAAACAUGAAAACAUCUUAGGUGAUAAGGUCCCUCCAAAGCUCAAAAUUGAUUCUAAUGAGAAGCCUGGUAAUGCUAAGGAUGUCGAAGGUAGAGUUAAAAGUCUAAGGGAAUCUGCUGAAGUUGAACAUAGGCCAGCAAAGAAGACAAAACUCGAUAGCUCUGUUCAGUUAUCUCCUGGAAAGACCGAGAAUGACAUUGAAAAGCUUGGUGUUGAUCACAACAAUGGUGACACACUGGCUUCCUCACCUAAGGCUCUUGUUUCUGAAGAUGCUUCCAGAGCCAAAAAUGUAAAAGAUUCUCAUGAAACCAAAGGUAGCUUUUUAAAGAAGCCCAAGCUAGAUGAGAAGCCAACAAAGGUUUCUAAUGGCAAGAACCUAAAGGCCUCUUCCCUAAUACACGGUGAAGUUGUGGAAGUUACUAGAAGGCCAGAUGCUGAUAGAAGCAGAUGGUUCAAGGGACUUCCGUGGGAAGAAAGAAUAAAAGAUGCACAUGAGCAAGGAACACUUGUUCUAAUUCAGAAUUUGGAUCCAUCUUACACUUCCGGUGAAGUGGAGGAUAUUGUCUGGCAUGCCUUCAAUGAGAGUUGCACAGCUAAGAUGAUUCAGAAAACUGCAAAUUCUAUGCCUCACAUAGGUCAAGCUUAUGUUGUAUUCAAAACCAAGGAAGCAGCAGAGAAAGUGGUCAGAAAAUUACACGAAGGUUGCUUAUUACUUGCAAAUGGAAGCGUUCUUGUUGGUAGCUUUGAGACUCCUCAUCUUUCGUCAAAGAAACAAACUUUCUUCGGGCAUCACUGUAUCGAUAAGCUUAGACAUCAAAUGCAACGUGAGAUGAAAGGAGCUGUAUCAACUUCGCAUUGUUCUCAGCCAAAUACAAUAGAAUAUGACAUGGCCAUGGAAUGGUGUUUACUACAAGAAAGAUCAGAACUUGUCGGCAAACAGUUGUUCAAGCAACAAGAAGAAGAGUUAAGAAAACUCAAGAGCAAGCUGAAAUCUAGAUGAGCUCCAUUCUCCAAUACUUUCAAUUGGGCGAGAAUGCUUUCGAUGUAGCAUAUUUUGAAUCAAGGGAGUGCCUUACUCUUGCAAGUACCGGAAACGAUAGAAUUACUUCUCUUGCUUUUUGCACUUUGUCAAAGUGGAGUAAUCGGCGAUUGUACAUUGAACUGAGAUCGGUUGGACAAGGUCCUAGCUUUUGGAGGAUCAGAUGAAGCAUUUUGAAAGAGCUUAAUGAGAUGAAAUUUCUGGGUAAACUUUGAGGCUUUGGAAUCAAUACAGCUGCAUGUGGCGACAUGGUUAGUUAUAUCAUUACUUACUGGUGCCCCGUUAUGGGUGUUGAGUGUAUAUGGAAUUUACAUAUUUAUUCGAAACAUUGAACCAGGAAGUAUUUGAGUGGUUCACUAUCUAUCCAUGGCGUUCUUCUCUGCCUCUGCUAAAAUCAGUUUUUAGUUUGGGUUUUGAUGACAUUAUUAUAUCUAAUAGUUUUGGUGCUCAAUUUAGUGUAGUUUUGUAUAGAGUAAAUGACACAUUAGGUAAAGCUUUAUGCCACCAAAGUGAGCUUAGCUAUGUGGUAUUGCCAUAACAUCCGUCUCUAGAUCUUGAAGGUUCAAGUUGUACUAGAAAAAUCAUUUAGCAUUAUCUUGCAAUAGAAAAAUUACGCAUUACCUCAGGA